AUGACGCUGGGGGAAUCACCUCCGAAACUGAGUUCGCCUUCUGCCUUUGCCGGUGUCACCCUCGACAUCCGCUCACCGAGCCUGGGGUUCCCGGCGAGUACCCGCGACUGUAACAGACCACGGCAACUAGGCCCAGUCCCCCCGCCCUCGACAUCUGGGGCCUUCAGCGCCUCAAGCAAUGCAUCUUGGGCGACCCGCCAGGGCGGAGUGCCCUUCAAAGCUCUGCCAAAGGGCUGCACUUUGGGGAAAAUGGUGGGCGAAGGUGCAGCCAAUGCUGUCUUCGAGUUUUGCCUGCCAGACGGAAGCUUUCUCACCCACGAUGGUAUACGCCUUUUGAUUCGGCUUGCGAAGGAAUUCGUUGAAGAUGAUCGGCCAAAAUUUGAUUACAUCGAGCAGGCGCAGUAUUAUCACAUCAUUGAUAUUAUCAAUGCACACCUGCGGCGCAUCGACCAUACGCGCAAAGGCAAGUUCAGGGGUACAUUUGUCGGCCAAAGCGACUGGGGCUUCCUCGUGGAGGACAUGCGGCCAGACAGUACGGACCAUCUCAUCGUCGAGUUCAAACCUAAAUGGCUGUCUCAGUCGCCCAGCGCGCCAAAGGACGCUACACGUUGCCGACAAUGUGCCAAGGAACUCUGGGGCUAUGUCAUGGAAGCGGACGUGGACAGACCCAUCCCAACCAUGUCCAAGCCAUGCCCGCUGGCUCUUGGGAGAGCUGAAGGCAAUCACGUCCGUGCAGAGAGCGCCCAUCGGCUACUGCCACUGCUUGGGGAGCUCGGUAACAGUGAGCAUCUCCACGCUGAGCUCAAUGUACUCCGUGACCAGCAGGCCUUCACACAGCUCAGGGAUGCGCAAGAAAAACUGGACCGGGUCGGUCCCUUGGGCGCUGCCAGUAACGACCAAGGAUUUGCGCUUGCCAUGACCCUUCGGGACUGCACUUGCUUCGCCCAGGUGACUCGGAGAGCGACCAACGGUCGGUGCACUGUUGGUCCUCUCAAGAUCAAGUUCGGAGACUUUGACAUGAAGAGUUCUGAACAUAGGCUGAGCUAUUGGCGAAGCACAGAGCAGAAUCUCAUCGACGGUGGAUUCUAUACUGCCGACUGGCUGUUAUGCGAGGGCUCGUUCUAUCGUCCGCCAACGAGUUGUGUACUCGAAUUGUCGCAGCCCAAGCGACAAGUGCCAGAGGUCAUCCAUGUUCGGGCCGCCGCAAGGAAUGUGACGCCGUGCACAUUGGGCUCGAAGCCCAUCGGAAGGAGGCUCCCAGACCGACUGAAGAGCAGUCAAAGCGAUUGA